AUGCGCAGCGUGCAGUUAAUACUUGUGAUGUGUUGCAUAUUCUUUGACAAAACUUGGGCGGUACCACGCGGCUAUCCGAAGGGCGGGCCACCAGCGCCACCACCAAGACCACAACCGCCACCUGGUGGUGGUGGUGGUGGUGGUGGAGGCUAUUCAUAUCCGCCACCUAGUGGGGGUGGCGGUUUCGGUAAUGGUGGCGGUGGUGGCGGCGCGCCUGGAGCAGGUUCGGAUAUACCUAUCAUCAAAUUGGAAUCUAAAGUCAAUAUCGAUGGUUCAUAUCAAUAUGAAUACGAAACUGGCAAUGGCAUCAAUGCACAAGAGUCUGGUUUUGUGAAAAAUGCCGACGAUCCCUGCAAUGCAGUUUUAACCGCAGAAGGCUCCUUCUCCUACACCAGCCCCGAGGGCCAAGCUUUUCUUGUGACCUAUACUGCCGAUGAGAACGGAUUUCGACCACAGGGUGAUCAUUUACCAACGCCGCCUCCCAUACCGCCUGAGAUACAGGAUGCACUGGAUAAGAUUGCUGCCGGUGGCGGACAUCCAGAUGAUGGCGGCGAUAACGGUUGUCCUCAGAAUAAUGGCUGCAAUGGUGGUGGUGCUCCGCCCCCACCCAGUAACGGCUAUCUGUAUUAG